AUGGCAGGGCCGUUCCCCCCGGGCAUAAGGUUUGUGCCCACAGACCAGGAGGUCAUCAGCUGUUUCCUCCGCCCGCUCGUCGACGGCCUCCCGGUGACACCCGGCGUCAUCCACCACUCCGACAUCUACCAAACCGAGCCAUGGAAUCUACCCGAAGGCGCAGGCUACUACUACACGCCGAGGCAUAGGAUGAGCGCCGCCGCCGACAGAGGCGGCAGCAGUAGUACGUCAGCGCACGUGAGGCGGACGGCCGGGGCGGGCUUCUGGCAUGGCAAAUCUCCGCUUGUUCCAAUCUACAAUGGCGCGGAGGUAAUUGGGCACAAGACGUCGCUGGCGUUCAACCUCAAGAAUAGAUCGACGGGGUUCGUCACCAAGACUGGUUGGUUGAUGAACGAGUACAUCCUCCACUCUCCCGAUCGUCAGCUUCAGACGAGGGCCAUUUGCAAAAUCCACAACAAAAACGAUGCCAGAUUCGACUUCGAUGAAUAA